AUGUGGCAAAUCACGGUUUUUAACGAGUUGGCUGCACUAUCCAUACGCACAUACAUAACGCACACACGGAACUCGAGCCAUGCCUACAAUUCUAUUUCCAAAAGACCAAAUCAUCUCACACACCAACAACUCUGCUUAGAUCUGUUUGUCAGGCUAAAACCAACUACGAUCAGCGAUGACACGCCAUCGCAAGGUAUUCUAUUCGGAAUUCGCGAAGAAUGUCUAGAUCGCGGUUUGGUUAUUCAAGUCAAGGGAUUUAUCCCAUAUAUAUCUAGUUCGAAUGAUUUGGUCAGCACGAUCUCCAAGUAUAUGAAUUGGAAUGGUCAAACAGUGCUAGGGUGGUUCGCAUCACCUACUGCAGAUGUCUUUGUGUAUUGUGAUUCUGCGAGUAUAGCCUCGGCUUAUUUUAGUUCGAUACAAAAGGCAAUGCUUAAAGUAAUUGCCGCGAAUUAUUUAAGUCAACAUCCAGGGAAUGAAAUAAGAGAAAUUGCCCCACUAAUUGUUGAAGAAUCCUGUGCACUCUUUCAAGACCUAAUUGGAAUGGUCAUUGGUGGACCUAUGACGUCAGCCAAUAAUAAUUCUACUAAUCCUUCGUCGUCGUCAAAUGAAAAUUUUUACACGAAAGCACAAGCAUUUGUUUCUACACCGACAUUGACCCAAGUACUGAAUAGAUUUCAAACUCUGACAGACGACGUGAAAGGAGAUAUAUCAAUAAUAAACCACGAAAUUGUCACUGAAAAUACUAUGCCCGUAAUCGACGGACUUUCAUUACUGGCUGCAGCGGUAAGUACUACUAGUGACAAUAAUCCUAAUAAUCAAAAGAAGUCGAAUGUGUUUGAUGAAGAAGGUGAUCAUCAACUGGGAGAUCUAAAUUCCGUAUGGCGAUAUGGCCAGGCUACUUCCUCCGAGGCUUUAAGUAGGCCAAGGACCAGAAGAGCUAGCACUACGGAUAUUGCCGAUCCAAGGACUCUACGGACGAGAUAUAAUAAACCUGAAUCACAAAAUGGUAUCGGCAAGAAAAGAAAAGAUGUUGAAGGAUCAACUAGUGGUGGAAGAAGCACUAAAAAGAAGACCAAAACGACGAUGGAAUCUGUUGAUGAUGUGAUACCAAUACCAUUUAAUAUUAUUCCCGGUCAAGGAUCAGAUCUUCAUCAUUCUACAGACUUUGACGAGUCAUUUUUUCCUAUGCAUACCGCCUCGUUUUUCACUCCCAUCGAAAAUUCUAAUGCCACUGAAGAUCACGUUAACAAUAAAAAUAAUAACGACGACAGCACAUUAAUAAACGCACCUUCAGAACAACGUAUAAACCUUGCUUUCGAUGCGAUCACUUACCAUCUGAAGACGCACACACAAGAAAAAAUUGAUCUAUAUGAAAAGUCCUGCAGAGAGUACGAAAUGUUAUUGGAUAUUCUAGAAGGGCUCGGUAAUCCCGAAGGUGAUGAUGAAUUGGUAAAGAGAUUGGAACUCUCACUGAGUAAUGGACAAAGGUCAAGAAAAACCUUAGUGAUACCAGAAGAUCUUAUUCCAAAGCAAGAUAUGAUGACUCCAUUGAUAGGAGGAGGUGGCGGUUCAUGUUGCGGAGGAGAACGAAUAAAAGAAGAGAAAUUAAUAAAUGAAAAACGAGAGAUUGUUUCCAUUAACACAAAGGACAUUACUGCGGAUUUAAAUGUGCAAAAAAUGAAAAAUGAUGAAAUUCCCGAGCUUGAUAAAGUUACCGAUGAAAGUAAUUCAAUUGCUCCAAAAGAAGAUAAUAACCUUAAUGGUAAUUGUGUUGGAGCAGAGGCAUCACUAUCUUCAACUGAGGAUGGCGAAAUUGAAGACGAUGAAACUGGUAAUAAUACAGCAACAAAAUCUCCAUUUGCAACUUCUCCUUCAAAAGACUCCAAAUCAACGUCAAACUUCUCUUUGACAAAUACAAAGAAUCUUAAUUCUUUAUCCUCCUCAAAUGGGAACACCACAAAUGUUUCAUCAUCUCAUCUCAAUACCACGGAUUAUGAAUCACGUCAACUCGAAAAAUCUAACGCUCCAAAUCGAAGUCCCGGAUGGGCUUGGGAUGAUGAAGAAAUAGGAUGA